AUGACGAGUGCCGGCUCCGAAAAGAAGGGCCUGACGGAGAUGCAUAGCCGAGCUUGGAGCUUGGAGACGCUCCGGGAAUUGGAGAAGAAGGUGGAAGCCGAGCUGGCUGCUACGAAGCGCCACAUCAACAGCACCCCCACCAAAGCUCCGAAACCGAGCCCCAACGUGGCGCCCUUGAAGCGAUCAAAGGUGCUGCAAGUGUCCCCUCUGAAGCCUGCACAGCUAACCUUUGCGGAAGAUGCGGAAGAGUCUCCGGCACACGGGGCUUCCUCGACGGCAAUCCAUUCGCAGCUGCUGGCCGACACCUAUGUGGAGGGUUCGGAUGUCUACCAGGAGAUUCCGGAGUUUGGUUAUGCAACUCCGGAGAAGGAGAUUCCGUAUCCUAUCACAGACGACAUGCUGUGUGCCUUUGGGUCUCAGAAGCCGGUGUCGCUGAACCCCUACACGGCGGAGUUUAUCACAGACCGACUGAAGGCCAGGUCUUCAGAUGCGCUUUCGGACGAGGCAUCCACAGCCACUGCGAGCAGUGAGUACGAAGCAAAGUACAAAGCUUUGCAAGAACUUGUGAAAUCGAAAGACGACCAGAUCCAGGUGUUGCAGCAGCAGCUGGCAGACGCGCAAGCACAAACCAAGAUUGCUGAAAGCGCCGCAGCAGCAGCAGCAGCAGCGGAAACCGCAGCAGCCGGAAUCCCAGCAACAGCACCCCCACCGGUCGUCGAGGAGAUUUCUUCAGCGGCAGCAAGGCAGCGCUUAAGGAGGUUCGUCGAAAAACGUGCAGACGGCACGCUCGCCGUGCCCGAAGCGGUACACCAGGCAUGGAAGGCUGGAGGUAAGGCUCGCGAAGACCUUCUUCGCGUGUGGGUGUCGAGCAAUUUCGACAAAACAAGCUUCCUGCGAGAAGUGCAGCACCAAACCUCCAAAAGCAAGGAAAUGCGGCUGGAGAUCGUCGGCGAUUUCUACACGGAGGAAGAGCUUCGGGAUCAGAUGAAAGUGCCAAAGGCACGCCUGGACGAGAUCAAGGCCUUCUGCGAAGCCAACCCCACCUUUAAAAGGACCGACACCUACAACAAGAACAAGGUGAAGUUUUGGUACGAGACCCGAACCACGGCGACAAUGGAGCAGGCCCACAGGAGCGAGCUCACAGACAAGACCACCAUGGAGGUCGCACCGGAAAUGGAUGCUGAUGGUGAGCAUGUUCUUCUACGUGAUGAAGGCCAUGCCUUCUCCCUGACGGGCUUCGACGUCGCGCCUGGUGGAGCGGCAUCAUCCUCGAACGCUCCCGGCAGCAGUGGCGAUGGCUCCGGCAAAGAUGUGGCAACUUCGCUGGGUCUGCCGAUGCUUAUCGGUAAGGACAGACCCGAGCUUCACAUUGCGGCCUACCAGAAUGCCCUUACGACCCGCAUCAACAAGCUUACUGAUUGCCGAGGCCGUCUGGAUGCAGUGCCAGACAAGGACCGCACCGAGCCCAUCAAGAAGCUGAUGGGCAAAAUGGAUGCAUGCAUCGUGAGCCUGGACAAUCUCCAUGAUGAGAUCACGGAGAUGUACGCAGAUGGUGCUGUGAAUGGCUUUGAACCCAAUGGGAAUGGCCAGAAGCUGCUUACGGUGUACAAGACGGCCACGAAAGUGUGCCCGGGCACUGGAUUAGGUGAUAUCGGGGAGGGGGCCAUGGAGGCCCUGCAGCUGGAGAGCCGCUCCAAGAUCAGCAAGCCGAAGGCAAAGGCUGAGCCGUCCUUGCCGAGAAAUCCCAAGCCGAAAGCAAAGCCCGCAGCCACCAAGCCCGAGGAUGCUGAGGAGGGAUCAGGCGAGCCCAAAGCCAAGGCCAAAGCAAAGGCCCUUCGAGUUCGUGGUAAGACCCCGGAGAAGUAA